AUGGAGGUAGAAAGUAGGAGCGAAAAACAAUCUGACCAUCAAAUUACUCAGCAUGUUUUGCAGCAGCGCAAGGAUGCGGGUGUGUCCAACGUCGAGGUUUAUGCGCAUCAGUAUAAUAAUGCUGUGUACAGAACCAUGCUGUUCUUCUCCAUUUUCUUAGUGGCCUACGCAUACGGUCUGGAUGGUACGGUCAGAUACACUUUCCAAUCAUACGCUACUUCUUCCUAUGCAGAACACUCUUUGCUGGCCACGGUUAACUGUAUCAAGUCUGUGAUUGCAGCGGCGGGCCAAAUUUGGUUUGCCCGUGCAUCUGACAUUUUUGGCAGAGUCGAGAUACUCGCCGUAUCCGUGGUUUUCUACAUUAUCGGAACCAUUGUUGAAAGUCAAGCAGUCAACGUUACGAAGUUUGCUGUAGGCGCGUGCUUUUACCAGUUGGGCUAUACCGGUAUUGUGCUUAUUCUCGAGGUCAUCGCCGCAGAUUUCUCGAACUUGAAUUGGCGGCUUGUGGCCGCUUUCGUCCCCGCCCUGCCAUUCAUCAUCAACACUUGGAUUUCGGGGGAUGUAGUGACAGCAGUGGGCAUGAACUGGAAGUGGGGUAUUGGUAUGUGGGCUUUCAUCUUGCCGUUAGCCUGUAUCCCGCUUUUUGGUUGCAUGAUACACAUGCGGUACCUGGCGAACAAGAACGCUAAAGAUCAGCUGCAAACCGAGAUUAAGCUUUACAAGCACAUGAAGUGGUCUGACUACUUUAUAGACAUCUUUUUCUGGAGGUUCGAUAUUUUGGGACUCUUAUUGCUAGUUGCCGUUUUUGGAUGUAUCUUGGUUCCGCUCACCAUAGCUCAGGGUUUGAAAGAUCAAUGGAGAGCAGCGCACAUUAUUGUGCCAGAAGUCAUUGGAUGGUGCUUGGCCCUGCCUCUAUUUCUUUUAUGGGAAAUUAAGUUUGCUAAGCAUCCCUUGGCACCAUGGAAACUGGUUAAAGACAGAGGUAUAUUCUCGGCUUUGUUUAUUGCAUUCCACAUUAAUUUUAUCUGGUACAUGCAAGGUGAUUACAUGUAUCCGGUGCUGUUGGUUGCAGUAAACGAAAGUAUGAAGUCUGCAACUAGAAUCACCUCACUUUACUCCUUCGUAUCAGUUAUUACUGGUUUCAUAUUAGGGUUUGUCAUUGUCUUUGCAAGAAAGACAAAAAAGUUUAUUUUGUUCGGUGUUGGUUGCUGGUUUAUUUCGUUCGGUCUACUAGUCCAUUAUCGUGGGGAUUCCUCCUCUCAUGCUGGUAUUAUUGGAUCUUUGUGUUUGCUCGGUUUCGGUGCUGGUUUCUUCACUUAUACAACGCAGGUAUCCAUCCAAGCCUCGGCGAAGACCCAUCAGGAGCUAGCUGUUGUUACUGCGUCAUACUUGGCUACCUAUAAUAUCGGGUCUGCUGUAGGUUCAGCAGUAUCAGGUGCCAUUUGGACUAAUGUUCUACCAAAAGAAUUGCGUAAGAGAAUAUCCGAUAGUGACGUUGUUGCUGCUGCUUAUUCUUCUCCUUACACCUUUAUUGUGGAUUAUGCCUGGGGCACCCCUAACAGACAAGCCGUGGUCAAAUCUUAUCAAGUUGUUCAGAAGUUAUUAUGUAUAGUUGGGCUAUGUUUCUGCACAACGUUACUAGCUUCUGCGUUCCUGUUGAGAGACCAUACGUUGAAAAGUGCAGUUGCUCUCGAAGAGUCGAACGCUUCAACGUCCAGCGAUGCUCAAGAAACAGACGAGUCUCAUGAGGAAGAGAUACUCGAAGAAAGAAAAUGA